AUGGAUCGCAAAGACCGUUCAGCAAAACCUCGAGCAAGACUGGAAGAGAGCGUACGGCAACUGCGGUCCCGGCUUCAACUCGUCCGCCCAUCACGUAGCAGGAUAAACCAAGAUGAUGACGGCCCAGCCGCGGGGUCUGUCAAGGCGUACCAGCCCGGCAAGUAUCCCACCAUAGCAGAGGCCCGGGAAAAGUCAACCCAUGCUGCUAGCUAUUCCUCUUCAAAAUUGCAAGUGACGGAGGCAGGGCCAAGUAAAAGGUCUGAGCAAGAAGACGAAUUGUCGGAUUUUGAGGACUUGGACACAAUACUGUCGCGCGACCAGACUGAGCCUGCCUCGGUACAGAGAGAUGACGUCGAGUGGCAGCCUUCAUUGGUGAUUGGGUCAUCGUCCAUCGACGCCGGAAACCCCAGCGCGAAAGAAGUUGCGCGCAGGAACAUGUUGCAGUGGGAACACAUCUACCAGCACCACCAGAAGCAGACACCAGGAACCUUGCAGCUGGGCGUGUUGGAUGAGCGACGCAAGGACGCAGCGAGGGAAUACGAGGACAUCUGCGCCAGGGCCGACCCCGAGGACGACGUGCCCCGGAACGAGACCCGCGCCUUCAAAGAGGAGCGCGUGACGUCCCGUCUUGCCGUCCUGCAGGAAACGCUCGCCCAGAGCACAGAGCCUGAGUGCGAGCCCAUGAGGGCCAACAUCUCGGCCGCGAUCCAUGGGUAUGAGGAGGGAACCAUUGGGUGUUCCUCAACCUAUACCUUGAUCUUCGCGGGCCAUAUCGUCGACACAACCUGUCGGACGUGGGCCGAGUUCACGGUCGACAGGAAGGAGCGCCUGGAUGGGUAUUUCGAGCAGCAUGGCCCCGGACAUCUCUGGUGGGAGCCGCCGCUGGCCGGCUGGAAGGACAGAGUGAAUGCAAAAAAAGCACUUAUUCUCGAUGUCACAAAGCACAUCGAGCCCGAUGUCCAAUUUCGAGAUGACCAGUGUCAUUUUCGUAUACCUAUGUGCUUCCGGAAGGAGACCGCCCUGACUUGUCGGGUGGGACGUACACAGAGCCGAGAUUCGAAAAUUGGGCAUGGCAACCCCAGCAAGCCGAGCACCAGGAAGAGAAAGUGGGUGUGGGCCGAUGAUGGUGAGAGCGAUGCCGAAGUAUUAAAGAGGGCCAGGGGCGAUACGUACUGGUCGCAUGUUUUCCCCGAGAAGACAGCGAGAGGUGCCGCCCUCAGCAAGAUCGGGCCUGUUGCCACAGACGCAGGUCUGUCCACUACAACUGGACAGGCGCACUUCUUCGAGAUGCUGCUCGACAGUGGUUGCGAGACCCCUAUCCUGUACCAUGCCGACUUCGUGUCCCUGGGCUUCACCAACGUGGAUAUGAACGCUGCAACCGUGGCAACCAUUCACCUUGCCAACGGGCGGAAGUCGAACCUGAAGAUCUUCGAACUCCUGGGGGGAGUCCAGCUCUCCGAAGACGAUUUCUGUGACCACGACCUUUUCCCCACGUGCGUCAUCAAGCUCGAGGCGAGGCUCAAGCCACCGGCCGGGUACAGCGGCGAGAGAUUAUCUGGUGUUCUCCCUUUCCUGGCGUAUUAUAUGUCCUUCGCGCCAGGGAUGGACAAGGCCCACUUGGGCACCGAGAGAGGCGAUGUCCUAGGCAUGCAACGGAUCCCGGGCGGGCUGAGAUAUGACCCAUUCAUGAAACCUCAGUUGGGCGAGCCUAGGGAGACGUUGCUCAAGAAGCUCCAGGCCCGAAACCCAAGCAAGAUCGUCUUUGAGCAUCAAAGGGCGAGCGGAGGGCGGACACUGAUGGAGGAAGAAGUCGACUCUGAGGGCGGUACUUCGCGGAUCACAUUGAUCCACACUGAUGGAACGGUUGUGCAGACCUGCAAGAUAGAGACACCUCGGGAUAGGAGGAGGCAAAAGUUAAUAGAGUUUGUCGAAUGA